GACAAGCUCGACGGCAACAGCGGCAAUGUCGGCGACGUUGGUCGAGCUGAGGGCCGAGACGCAGCGGAAUUUGACGGUGUGUGCCGAGCUGGAGGCCAAAAUCGCGCGCGAGCACGAGUCGCAGGCCAAGAUUGCCGCUAUCAACGAGCAGCUGCGGGCCGACAUUGCGGCGACAAACGCGCUGCUGGCGUCCAAGGCGUCGCAGCUUCAGAGCGAGCUGAACUCGGCCGCACAGAGUCCGGCGGGAGCGCAGCUGUUUGCGCACCACGGACAGCAGCAAGGCGUCGGGGUGGCGCCCGAGACAGCGGCACAGGACAUGGCGGCCAAGCUGGCUGCGAUCGAUGAGCUUCGGGCGCAGGUGCUGGCGUCGUAUGCGGCACCCGCAAUGGUACCAAGUCCGCAUGUGGCUGGCCCGCAGGCGCCGAUGGCGCAACCGGGCUGGCCCGCACAGCCGGGUGCCGGGUGGCAAGGCGGGUGGCAGGGCGGAUAUGCAGUGGCGCAGCCGGCGGCGGCGCCGCGGCCGGCGCGGCCGUCGCUGCUGGAUCGCGACGACCUGCGAGUCUCGCGGCAGCUGCUCGAGUCGCGGACUAGGGUGUUGGAGCACGGACUGGGUGGCGGGCCGCGGCCGUCACCGGCGCCGCGGACGCUCCUGCCAUCAUCGUCGCGCAGCGGGCACAGGCCACACUCGCCGCCGCGCCGGCCGCGGCUUGGCCUCAAUCCGCCGCUCGGCUCGGUGACAACCAAGGAGUCGUCGGCGUCGAUCCGGGCCAAACGACUGCUCCCGUCGGCGCUGCUCCGGGCGUCGUACGAGGCCAUGCCGUCGGAGCGCUCACGGCUCAAGCCUUAA